GCCUUGUUUCUCAGCAUGAGUUCGACUACAACCUCAACUGCCAGAAGUCGAGAGGUCGUCGAUUACGCUAUUGAGAACCAAUGUUUCUAUAAUCAUCAAGGCGCCCCAUAUCGAUUUCGAGAUAUUGUCAGGCAGCUUCGAGAAACUGCGGAACCGGCAAAAGCGAACGGGCUAAUUGACCAGCCUGGACUCACUGCAGCACCUUUACCUCGCACGAAGAUCACAUUAGAGCCGUUUCUCGACGACGAAAGCUACGAAAUUCCCACAGACCCUAAGGUCUCCGCUUCUUCUGUAUUCAGAUUCCUUGGUCGAACAAAAAGCCUUCGACUCCCAUCGGAAAUUAUAGAUACAGGGUAUGAUCUGCAAAAAGAACUGUCACAAUAUCUGCAAGAUAUCCAGAUUGCAAGCUCUUGCAACAUCCUGACCCAAUGGCUUCCAUUGAGCUAUGUAAUUGCUGAGAAAGACGAAGGCCUUGGGUUUCCAUCCACCGUCUCACGAUGGCAAACAUUAGCCUUGCGUGAAUUGGAGGGUGAUGAGCCUACAUUUACGGAACCUGGCCACGCUUCGUUCUAUACACAACAGGCACCAAAUCAGGCUUGCACGCCAGACCAAAUCAGACAAAUUUUAUCUCUAGAUAAACAUUAUCGUUCAAACUUAGAGCCAGUGUCUCCUCCGCUUUCUCCUGCCUCUGACUUGGACGAACCAUUUCUGCCAAGCACAGAGCAUAUGGUGAUCGAUCUGACCUCAGAACCGAGCAGCCCAUCCAAUCCCAUAGGUGAGGAGUUAGAUUGGAAUAUGCAACAUGGCUUUGUGGACUCCGAGCCUCCUGCGCCCUCAACUAUGCCCAGCUCUCCUCCGACAGCUAAGGCGGCUUUCUUGUUCAAUAUAGCAAAGAAACAUUCAGCUCUCAAGUUAGAUGUACCGAUGCUGCCAUCUAGCACUGACACCAGUCCAGUGCGGGAUAAUCUUGCAGAAACUUUGGCACCUCAUCUCCUGCAUUCUGACGAAGCACACCAAUCUCCAGCCGAGGAUGGAGGAUAUUUCGAAGAAGCAUUGCAGCCUAUCUUAGAUGAGAAACACCGCCAGGCAAAUCAACAAUUGGAACAAGAACGACUGAACCCAAAAGACGCCUUAUUACGAUUGCGGAUACCAGCAGUCGAUUUUCGGAUACCUGAUCCUGAAUGGAAAUUACAUUUGUCAACUUCGCAAGAUCACUUUGAAUGGCUGCAACAAUCGCUUCCCAGGACCUUUCAUCUGACCUGCUACAAGGAGCUGAGUCGUCUCGAGGCAUCACUUAAAUGGACACCGAUCCCUCAUGAAAGUGGCCGAGUUUCAUUGACCGAGGCAACAAUUCAGUUGGGACCUAUUGAGAGAGAACUGCUUACCCUGAGGCCUCCCCAACUAUGCAGUCACAACUACGUGGUUUCUCGAAACGUACUAAUGGUGUUCCAAAUUCUGAAUGAUGAAGAGAUUGAACAAGAAGUCGCCUCUCUUGUGGUGUCGUCCCCAUCAAUCUGUCACGGGAAUCAGGACAGCUCGACGGCUACUUCUCAAUCUCAGAAGUCUCAUGUUGCGCCGUCUUUGAAGGAAUUGAUAGGUUCCCGACGACAGGGCACAGGAAAUAAGUCUGAUUGCGAGAGAGAGAAUCUGUUGUUGAAGGCCGCUGACUCAAGUGCGUCGAGCAACUUGUUGUCUGGUUUCAUACAGCUUCGACUACCGAAAAAGCUGAAGAAAGGCAGCAGCUCCUCUCAAACUUCGGCAGCCUCAAGAGCCAUGCCAUCCAUGACUGGCCCUACAAUGCUACCCGUUAUUCAAGAAGAUGCCCAGAGCGAACUGCAAGACGCUCCGGUUCCCAAUUUCGACAUUCCUCAGGAGACUUGUCGCUACAUAGUCUCGUUGGACUUGAGUCGCAGUACUCUCUCUUAUCUGGAGAAAGUCUGGCCACAAGCUGAGCUCAUCGACCGAGACUUCUCGCAGUACAACACAGUUGCUUGGUCUCCUGGAUCAGCUCAAAGAAGGGAAAUCAUUUCAUCUUUGGCGUUUGAGGCUGAUAUAUCCAUAAGCCCUGGUGCCGGCCUCAUCUUGACUACGAUACUAAAAGUGAAACAGAAACCUCUUCCUGGAUCCAGUGCUCUCACACCAUUUCGUGCAAGAAUCAGACGAGUAAGUGAGAAAUAUGAAUCUUUAUUUAUAUUGGUAUCAGAAUCGAAUCCACUAGGAGAAUACGUCGGGUCACCAACACCCUCUGAUAUCUCUGGGUAUGCCGAUUUCGUACGUUUCACGACGAGUCUUCGAGCAGGCAUAUCAACACAUCUAGUUUCUGGCUGCGAUGAAACCCUUUCUAAAUGGGCUUUGUCAAUCAUGUCCCGCUAUUCUUCAUCAGCUCAUCAAUUUGGGCAUUUCCUUGACUUUCGUGAUGGUGUAUGGGAGUUAUUCCUGCGCCGUGCUGGUCUCAAUAUCAGCGCAGCGCAAAUAAUAGCAGGUCUGCUAGUAUCUGAAUACGGUCAAGGCGGACUUGCGAGCUUUUUGAGUAUGAGGGCAGAAGAAAGAGUUUCCAAAUAUGGUCAAAUCAUGGGAGGCAGGAGAAUACUAAACAAUGUUUCGAGAAUCUUGGACCGAGAGUGGGUGUAAGUCGGCUACCGCAGAAAAUGUACGGAGUAACUGGGGCACAAUGUUUCUGUACUCUAUGGGUUACCUACAUUUAGACCUACCUAUUAAGAUCAGGAGCCCCCGAUUUGUCGAUCUAUGACCGGGCAACCAGAGAUGCACUCGAGUAUGCAGGUAACGACGUGUUACAGAUCACAAUGAGCACC